AUGUACAUAUCUACCUAUAUAUCUAUCUACUUUCUCUCUCUCUCUCUCUCUCUCUCUCUCUCUCAGAUCACACUUAACUAUCUCAGUCUGUUCAUAUCGAUCUAUCUAUCUAUCUAUCUAUCUAUCUAUCUAUCUAUCAGUGUGUUCAUAUCUAUCUAUCUAUCUAUUCAUCUAUCUAUCUAUCAGUGUGUUCAUAUUCAUCUAUCUAUCUAUCUAUCUAUCUAUCUCAGUGUGCUCAUAUCAUAUCUAUCUAUCUCUAUCUAUCUAUCUAUCUCUCAGUGUGCUCACAUUCAUCUAUCUAUCUAUCUAUCUAUAUCUCAGUGUGCUCUAUCUAUCUAUGUGCUCAUAUCUAUCUAUCUAUCUAUCUAUCUAUCAUCUAUCUAUCUCAUCUGUCUAUCUAUCUAUCUAUCUAUCUAUCUAUAUCUCAGUGUGCUCAUAUUCAUCUAUCUAUCUAUCUAUCUAUCUAUCUAUCUAUCUAUCUAUCUAUCUAUCUAUCUAUCCCUUUAUUCGAACAUUCCUUAA